AUGAAGUUCACCAUUCACCUCCUUCUCAUUGCGUUCCUGAUGGCCCUGGCCUACGCUGCCACCGAGAGCAAGCAGAUCAUCGUCAGCUACCCCAAGGACACUCCCGACUCUGUCAUCGAGCAGGCGAUGGCUGUCAUCAAGGAAGCUGGUGGCAUUAUCACUCAUGAGUACAAAAGUCUCAUCAAGGGCUUUGCAGCCACUGCACCCACCAAGGUUGUCAACAGUGUCAAGGCUCUAGGCGAGAAGUACCAAGCCAUCGUCGAGGACGACCAAGUUGUUUCGGUCGCUGGAUCAUCUUCGUAG